GGGCCUCCUGCCCUGCCUCUCCACGGUUGCGAAGGAACGGCCGCGGGCGGGCGGAGGGGAGAAAGGGCGCAGACGGGGCCCUGGGCGGGGAGGCUCCUCCUCUCUCCUCCCGCGGAGAAGCCAUGGCUCUCCUGGGCCGCCUGGGAGCCCUCCUGCAACGGGCCGUGGAGACGGUGAGCGGCGGGGCGAGGGAGCGGAGCUGGGCUAGCGGAGCUGGGCUGGCCGCUUGGCUCCCUGACUGGCUGGCCGGCUGGUCAAUCAACUGAUCAGGGAGCUGACUGGCUACCUGAUUGGUUAUCUGGCUGGCUGGCCACCUGGCAAACGAAUUGAUUGGUUGGCUGGCUGGCUGGCUGGCUAAGAAGCUGACUGUCAGGCUACCUGGCUGGCUACCUGACUACCUGAUUGGUAGUCAGGUACAAAUCUGAGGUUCUGCCCCCCUAACAAAAGCCUGCCCCCCCAAACAAAAAUCCUGGCUAUGCCCAUGUUGGUUGGCUCUCUGGCUGGCAGGCGACCCACUCAGGUGGGGUCAGGGAUGGAGCUCAUUCCUUAGAAAACCACUUCCCUCUUUGUUCCCAUCUGCCUGUCCUUUCAGGGUGGGCUGAGGAGCAGGACCAGAUUUAGGUUUGAUGAGGCCCUAAGCUACCGAAGGUGAUAGGGCCCUUUCUAUGUCCAACUGUCCUUUGUCAACAACAAACUGUCACUGUUUUUUUGUGUUGAAUACAGUGGUUCCUCUGGUUGUGGACGGGAUCCGUUCCAGAGCUCCGGUCAGAUCCCGAGGUUUCAGCAACCGGAGGUGCCGCUUCUGCGCAUGCGCGCAACGUGAUAGAGCAUUUCUGCGCGAGCGGCAAAACCCGGAAAUAUACUUCCGAGUUUGCCACUUUCGCAACCCAAAGUUUACGUUACCCGAGGGCAACAUAAGCCAAGGUUCUACUGUAUAUGCUAUAUGCUAAUUUAUGGACCUAAUAGGUAUCUAAAGACAUUUGCACAUAACAAAAUGUAUUUUAUCAAAGUAAUUGUUGAACUGAAAUACAAUUAAGAAGUAGUAUUGGGGGGGGGCAAGAGAGUGGGGCCCUAAGCUAUAGCUUGUUUGGCUUAUAUGUAAAUCCAGCACUGCUGAGGAGGCAUAUAAGCAAGGGAACAGCGUGGGCCUUUCCCCUCACAGCAGCUUUCUUCUCUCCCCCCGCCCACAGGAGGAGCCACGUCUGGACCUCCCGGCCGCCUUCACGGACCACUGGAAGGGCAUCACCCAGUAUUACCUGGAGACCACCGGUAGGAACCCCUGUGGCCAUGAAUGCCAGCACUCACUCCCUUUUGUGUGCAGCCACACCUCGCUUUUCUUCUUGUUGAGCCGUUGCUACUUCCUUUACCGUUGCUCUUACUGUUGAUUGAAGGAAACGCAAAGCUUAUGGUACACAGUUAUUUUAUGGAGGUGGAGGAAGUUUCUUAGAUUAAGUUAGUUGUGAUUCCUGCAUUGCAGGGGUUUGGGCCAGAUGACACUUUGGGUCCCUUCUAACUCCACAAUUCUAUGAUUCUGUGAAUGUUCUUUACCGAAGGAAGGCAGGUGACAUGUAGGCUGAAAGGGAAAAUAAUAUCUUUGUGGCCCAAGUUGUCCAGACCUGUCAGACCGGUGUGGCACACAUUCAAAUGAGGCUAUAUAUGGAGUUGAGAUGCUUAUCUCCCACCUUCCUGCCCAAAAAGUACCCUGGAGACACUCUUAUCAAAAUGAUAAUAAAUCUUUCCUUUAAAAAAAACAAACAAACGAUGAAAUCAAGGUGAGGAAAGGGGAAUCUAUAGGGACAGAAUGGGCUAGUUUUGUUUUCUGCCAUUUCCCCCUUUUAAGGAUACAUGACAUCUUUUGGAUCCAACUGACAUUUCCGAAGAACUUUGAAAGGCAGGAGUAUAUGAUGAUAGUAUGAGAAAAUGCCGUAGAGUGGGCCAGUCCUUGUUUUCCAAGAGGGAACCACCCUGUUGUUUUGCAAAAGGGCAAGUAGAAAUACUUGUAUAAAUAAAAUUAUGGAUAAAAGCCAGUUAACACUGGCAAAAAACAAAUCCUGGCCCAUAAAUCAGCCUCCACCUGUGUGGUGUCCUCGAGAUGUUAAUGAACUGCUACAACUUCAUCAUCCUUGACCUCCAGUCUUGCUGACUUGGAAUCUGGAGGUUGGGGAAAGCUGCUACAGAGCUUCUGGGAUCAGAGUCUGGUUGAGAUCCUUUAGCCCUAUUCAGAAUUUGCCAUGCAGUUGCAGAGAGGCCUGCAGGUAUUAGUUCUGGAUAUUUAUUUUUAUUACAUUAAUAUCAGACCCUUCCUUCCAAAGGAGCCCAGGGGAGCAAACAACAAGGAAGAAAGCAAAAACAUAUUAAAAUGUUUUUAAAUGAUGCUGUUCAACCAUCUUUUCAGUGCUUGGGUAAAGGAAUGAAUGAGAUCCCUGUGUCUGAUGAAAAACGGGUGAGUGGGUAUGCUUGUGACAAGCUGAUUGUCUUUUCUCAAGAUGAAAACAAGCCGGCAAAAGAAACGGACAUCCCCUGGCGCUUGAAACAGAUGCUAGAUAUCCUAGCGUACGAGGAAAAGAAGCAGCCAUCGGGGGAGACAGGACCCUGUUUGGAGUACUUGCUUCAACACAAAAUCCUGGAGACCCUCAGCACUCUGGCAAAAGCAGAGGUACCACAGCUUCCCUUCUGAGGCAGUCCUGUACUUUCUGCUGUCCCUCCUGCCCAAGCAGUGUCUGCUUUGCUGAAAUGCAAUAGGAGCAGGGCCUUUUUGGCAGUGGUGCCACUGGCUACAGGCAUGAUUCUCACUUUGCAUGGAGGAGUCAGGCAGUGGAAGAGAAUUGCAUGCCCAGUUUAAGGGGUUCCACAGAGGAUGCCUGGUCUGAGAGCCCCCCAAAAUCCUGUUGCUGGGUUUAUCUUUUAAGCCAAGGAUGGGGAACCUGUGGCACUCCAGGUACUGUUGGAUUGUCCGCCCCAGCCAACAUGGCCAGUGUACCUCCCAUGUACUGUUCAUGAGGCAGAAACAGAAGCAAGCUUUAAACACCUCCUAAAGAUCCAUCUCUUUAAGCAGGCACUCCCGGCCUCUUAAGAGUCAUCACGUGAUCCUACCAGAUUAUUUAUUGAUGUUUAACUGAAUGUUUUAUUGAUGGCUUCUCUGUUUUUACCAAUGUAUUUCUUUUUAUUUUUGGUUUUAAAUGUUGUAUAGACAUUUUUCUUCUUUAAAUCAUCUUACCGUGUUUUACGUUAACCGCUUAAAGAUUUUACGUACUAAGUGGUAUAUAAACAUUAUUGAUGAGGAUGAUCAUAGAACUCUCCUGCAGAAUAAAUUCAACCCACAGGCACCUUUUCUUUUUCUUUAUCUAUUCAAGUAGGUGUUUGGAGGCAGCAGCUAGGCAUAACUCGAAGGGCUGUUGCUGGGCUAUUUUAUGCUUUCUGGGUUGUUGUUGUUGUUGUUUGCAAUUUUAGGGUGCUUAAUUGAACUCCUAAUUUUUGGCGUUGUGUUUUAUUUUGCUGUUCUCACUGACUUGUCUGAGUCAGUCUCAAGGCUCCUUGAGACCUGGUGGCAGGAGGGACAGGGCAGGAUCUUCCGAAGGGACCCUCUGUAGCAGUACUCUUGUCUCUCUUCUGAUCCCCAGUAUCCCACGGGGAUGAGGUCUCACGUGCUCCUCUUCUUCAGCCGCUUGCUGGGACAAAUGCAGUGCCCUCUGCUGCAUUACCUGAACGUGUACAGGCCUGUCCAGGUGAGUUCCUUUCUGCUGAGCCAGCCAGGGUUCGUCUGAGUUGCCCAUGCCAAAGAAGGCAAUUUCUGGCACUCCCCUCUCCGUCAAAUCUGGUGAAAAUUCCAAUUAGCAUUGUACUCUCUGCUGACAAAGAAAAAUCAAAUUCUGUGCCAAGGCAACUCAAGUUCUGCUACAAUUGCAGGAUUCCAUUUUCGAAAACAAAGCAGACUUGCAUGUUUUCUCUUGGUUCGCGUGAUUCUGAGCCCUGGGCUCAAAACUCUUUUGGUUACAGUAAGAUUGCAUCUUAUGUGUGGGUUUGAUGUAUAAAAACUCUUUUUGCAGCGGGUUUUCCCUGCGCAAAAAAAGUUAUUAAUCUCUCCAACUUGCUUGCAUUUAACUUGCAGGAUUUCAGCCAGUGGACUUCAACCCCGUAUGGUUGAAAUUGAGCAUCUUAAAUGUGUGUAAGAUGCGAUUGUAAAAGGUAAAGGGACCCCUGACCAUUAGGUCCAGUCGUGGCCAACUCUGGGGUUGCGGCGCUCAUCUCGAUUUAUUGGCCGAGGGAGCCGGCGUACAGCUUCCGGGUCAUGUGGCCAGCAUGACUAAGCCGCUUUCUGGCGAACCAGAGCAGCGCACGGAAACGCCGUUUACCUUCCCGCCGGAGUGGUACCUAUUUAUCUACUUGCACUUUGACGUGCUUUCGAACUGCUAGGUUGGCAGGAGCAGGGACCGAGCAACGGGAGCUCACCCCGUGAUGGGGAUUAGAACUGCCGACCUUCUAAGCUCUGUGGUUUAACCCACAGCGCCACCCACGUCCCACAAGAUGCGAUUGUACUGUAUUCUUAAAGCAUCUUUCUACCCAUUUGCUCCUUGGAGCCACUGCUACCCUCACCCACCCACCCGCUGUCCUUCUACAGAAACUCCUCCACCUUGGGAACGACGCGCUAGGCUCUGAGCCUGAGAAGGAAAUGAUGCAGCUUAUUGCUGCCCUGUGUACCAAGAUCAAACAGGAUCCGGCCCUGCUGCCCUACGUCCUAGAGGUGAGGGACUCUUGGAUCUGCUUGCACCCAGGUGCCAGUACAUCUUUUAACAGUCUGAGACAGACUGCAGAGUGCUCUGUUUUUGCAAGGUCUGUAUGUGCGUGGAUGACCUUUAAAGCCCUAAACGGCCUCGGUCCAGUAUAUCUGAAGGAACAUCUCCACCCCCAUUGUUCUACCCGGACACUGAGGUCCAGCACCGAGGGCCUUCUGACGGUUCCCUCCCUGCGAGAAGUCAGGUUACAGGGAACCAGGCAGAGGGCCUUCUCAGUAGUGGCACCUGCCCUGUGGAACGCCCUCCCACCAGAUGUCAAAGAGAACAACAACUACCAGACUUUUAGAAGACAUCUGAAGGCAGCCCUGUUUAGGGAAGCUUUUAAUGUUUGAUGUAUUACGGUAUUUUAAUAUUUUUUGGGAAGCACCCAGAGUGGCUGGGGAAGCCCAGCCAGAUGGGCGGGGUAUAAAUAAAUAAUUAUUUAUUAUUAUUAUUAUUAUUAUUAUUACAGAAAUACACAUGCCUGAUCUUUUAUUGCUUUAUUUUCAAAAGUUAUACAGCAUUUACUCAACAGAAAUUAUCUUAAGUCAGUGGUUCCCAAACUGUUCUCUCCUGGCCAGACCACUUAAAAAUUGCUGAGAGUCUUGACAGACCACUUACCGUAUUUUUCGCUCUAUAGGACGCACCUUUUCCCCUCCAAAAAUUAAGGGGAAAUGUGUGUGCGUCCUAUGGAGCGAAUGCAGGCUCCUUGGCUUCAGCGAUAGCAACGCGAAGCCUCUGAAGCACAGAGGGAGCGCUCCCCCCGCGCUCCGGAGGCUUUGCGUUGCUUUCGCUAUAGCCGCCUGAAGCCCCCAGAGCGCAGCGGGACUUUCCGCUGCACUCCGAAGGCUUGCGGAUAGCCGCCUGAAGCCUGGAGAGCGAGAGGGGUCGGUGCACACCGAUCCCUCUUGCUCUCCAGGCUUCGCUGGAGAGGCGCUGCACAGUUUUCCCUCUCUGCGCAGCGCCCCUUCAGUGAAGCGGGACGAGAAAUGGAAGGGGCUCCAUUUCUCCUGCUGCUUCGCUGAGCAGAGAGGGGGAGAAUUUUUUUCCCCUGUUCUCCCCCUCCUAUGGUCCAGUGCGUCCUGUAGAGCGAAAAAUACGGUAAUUCUUUUCCUGCCUGUUGCCACAGUUGUUCUGUGUGUGUGUGUGUGUGAGAGAGAGAGAGAGAGAGAGAGAGAGAGAGAGAGAGAGAGAAUGAAUCCCCAGUGCUCCCAAAUCAUGCACACCAAGCAGACCUUUCAUGCUGGGUCCUCAAAUCAAGCAGUGUAUGAAUUGUAUGAAAUAGCUAACUCAUUUUGUUUUUGGAAUCAAGCGGUUUACUCAUUAUUUGAAGGGGCUCAGUGGGUGUUGCUUUCUGCAGUGGGUGCUCAGCUGCAAAGCUCAGGUUCAUUCCAAGCGUGUUGAUCAGGCAUAGGCAAACUCGGCCCUCCAGAUGUUUUGAGACUACAAUUCCCAUCAUCCCUGACCACUGGCCCUGUUAGCUAGGGAUGAUGGGAGUUGUAGUCUCAAAACAUCUGAAGGGCUGAGUUUUCCUGUGCCUGGUGUUGAUUGUGGAGGAGCCACCUAUGGGUUGGACCCCUCUGGGGCAUUGUGUCUUUGCUUGAUUUCCCGCCUUAAGCCCAGCAUGCCAAACAGGGAUAAUGUAGCCAGAUUCUCCCCCCAUUUUCAAGGGCAAGAAUGUGGCGAGUGGGCAGAAACUGGAUCAGGCCUUCCAACCUCAGGGAGCAACAGCAGAGCCUGCCUUGGACCCUGUAGAGCAGGACAGAAGACUUUGCCCAGAGGAAGCUUCCUGCGAGGUGCGGCUUGUGGAACCAGCCUCCUCUGCCCCAAACCUGGUGACCUCCCUCAUCAGCUUGUGCAAGAGCAAGGUACAGGGCCGUGGGGUGGGGCGUACGCUGCCUCUUGCUAGGGCAGGUGGAGAAGGUGAGACUUCAUAUCAAGGAGGGGCUUCAGGAGCGUUGUUUUCUCUCCCUUGCAGAAGAGGAAGGUUGCCCUCAAAGCUCAGGAGAACCUUCUGCUGCUAACCAGCAUCGACCAUCAAGCAGCUGCCCUGGCUCUGGCGCGAGACAGCAGGCUUUGCCCCCUGGUGGCUGACCACCUCUGCACACUGUGCGAUGCUAUCCCAGCCACUGUCAACCCUGCCGAUGUCACCACGCUUCAGCCAGUCAGCUGGAGGUAAAGAUACCCCCAGAGUUUGGUUUGUUUUUUUAAAAAAAGUUUUUAUUGGUUUUCCAAAAAUUUUAAACAAACAAACAAACAUAAAUCUUAACUGUACUUAAUCCAUUCUUCAUAACAUUUUUAGGUGACUUCCUCUAAUCCCUCUGGCUGAGUUUCAGUAUAUAUCUUUGUAACAGUUUUUCAAAACCAAAUUUCUCAUAAGAUUAACUUAACCACUUAACAUCAUUCUUUCUUUUCAUUUUAACUUUAAACAUUUUAUUCUCUAACAUCACAUAUUUAAAUCCUAAGCCUAUCUGAUAUUUGCAAAUUUUCCCAAUUAAGUUAUCUUAACAUAUCUAACUAAAUUUCAUCCAUUCAUUCUGGUACUCCUCCUCCUUCUGGUCGCGGACUCUUCCAGUCAGGUCGGCUAGCUCCGAAAAGUCCAUCAUCUUCAUCUGCCAUUCAAGAUACCCCCAGAGUUUUGGGGCCACAAGGAGGCCUAGACCUUGGUCCUUCUCCAGCAAGUGAAGUGGCCUAGCUGGUUUUGCAUGGCUUGUUCCCUGGGAACCAAGGAGCCCUCAUUGGGGCUGUUUAGGAGGAAGUAUUGCUUCUGAAGACCAGAUGCUAGACACCCCAGGAGGGGAGGGUGCGCUUGUGCUUGGAUCCUGCUUGCACGUUUCCCCUUUGGGAAUCUGGUUGGCCGCUGUGAGAAGAGGAUGCUGGACUAGAUGGGCCAUUGGCCUGAUCCCACUGGGUUCUUCUUAACAUUCUUAUGGAUGCAGGUUUCUCCCUCCCAGCCCACAAGUCUCCAUAAAUCCAUACACCCUUCUGUAAAAAAACCAACCAACCAGCUUCCAAAUGCAAUGCUGCCAAUUAAUAAUUACCGUAUUUUUCGCUCCAUAAGACACACCCGACCAUAAGAUGCACCUAGUUUUUAGAGGAGGAAAACAAGGAAAAUAAAUAUUCUGAACGAAACAGUGGAUCUAUGAUUUUUGUGGUUCAUGCUGUGGCCACAGACAUGAUAUGUGAUCUGACGGUGAGUUUGGGGUAGCCAAAUGCAAAAAUCCUGAGAAUCCAUGUGGAUCUAUGCUUUGUAACCACAUUUUUGCGCCAUUGCGGCCCCACAAACAGUGGAUAUGUGAUUUUUUUAGUACAGGCUGUAGCCAUGGACAUGCUAUGUGAUCUGAUGGUGAAUUUGGGGUGACCCAACGCAAAAAUCCUGAGGAUCCAUGUGCUUUUACCUCCUCCCUCCCAGGCAGCCUCCUUUAUCUCUAGAGUCCCUUAUCUCCCUACCCAAUCGCUUGCUGAUCAGCUGUUCAGCGGCUUUGUUUCAACAUCCCCUUGCCUCUUUCUAAAAAAAAAAAGCGCAAUCUGUUUUUUUACCCCUGGGCAAUUCAGCUCCAGGGACCACGCAUUCGCUCCAUAAAACCCACAGACAUUUCCCCUUACUUUUUAGGAGGAAACAAGUGUGUCUUAUGGAGCAAAAGAUACGGUACAUUGAAAAUAUGACAACAUGUUAAACGACAUUUAAUUGAGGGCACAGAGUAUUUGGCACCAUUAAGACUCAAGCUUGUACUGAAUCGGUACUAGAUUCCCUAUCAAGACUUGGACUGGGAGAGACACUGCCAGAGUCAUUCUAGAUGGUGCCAGGCCCUGGGGAGGUUUCCUUUUCUUCCUCCCUCCAAACAAUGCCUGGCACUGCUACUGAGUGGGGAUAACAGCCCGCCCACCCCCACUAUAGGUCUUGGGGUCCCAGUGCCCUCCUUUCAGCAUUAACUGUGCCUGCGUGAUAUCUGGCACCGUGGGGAAACAUUCCCCCAUUUACAUAUACAGUGGUACCUCGGGUUACAUAUGCUUCAGGUUACAUACGCUUCAGGUUAUAGACUCCGCUAACCCAGAAAUAGUACCUCGGGUUAAGAACUUUGCUUCAGGAUGAGAACAGAAAUUGUGCUUCGGCGGUGCGGCAGCAGUGGGAGGCUCCAUUAGCUAAAGUGGUGCUUCAGGUUAAGAACAGUUUCAGGUUAAGAAUGGACCUCUGGAAUGAAUUAAGUACUUAACCCGAGGUACCACUGUAUAUUUCAAUAACUUUUUAUUGAUUUUUUUUGUCACAAAAGUAAUACAGAGACUUUCACAUGGGCAAGGAGAGCCAGUAUGGUGUAGUGGUUAAGAGCAAUAGACUCGUAACAUGGGGAACCAGGUUCGCUUCGCCGCUCCUCCACAUGCAGCUGCUGGGUGACCUUGGGCUAGUCACACUUCUUUGAAGUCUCUCAGCCCCACUCACCUCAGAGUGUUUGUUGUAGGGGAGGAAGGGGAAGGAGAAUGUUAGCCGCUUUGAGACUCCUUCGGGUAGUGAUAAAGCGGGAUAUCAAAUCCAAACUCUUCAAGGGAAAUAACAGUACAAUAGCAUCUUAUGCACAAUUAACAUGCACAAUUUCAACCUUGUGUGGUUUAAAGCUGGCUGGUUGAAAUUGUGUAGAUUAAAUGCAGGCAAGGUGGAGAGCUUAAAAUUCGUGGUUUUUUGCACCGGGUUCUCCCGGCGUUGAAAGAGCUUUCAAGUGCUCUGUCUUUCAAGAUCUUCAAAGCUCUCUGCCUUGCUAGGGGAGUAAGUCCUGUUCGGUGCACCAGCUCUGGAAGAUAAGGAUUCUCAUGUGGGGGCAGGUUUGAAGGGGUUAGUUCAGGUAUACGUGUUUUUGCAUAUAUCUGUGAUCCCUGGAACUUAACCCCCACGCAGAAUGCAACCGUACUUUAAAGCUGAAGAGCGUAUGAUUGAAAAACUGGUAUACGCAGAGAUACAGUGGUACCUUGGUUCUCGAACUUAAUCCGUUCCAGGAAUCCAUUCAACUCCCGAAACGGUUCAAAAACCAAGGCGCGGCUUCCAAUUGGCCGUAGGAGCUUCCUGCACUCAAUCGGAAGCUGCAUAAGCCAUGUCGAACGUUCGGCUUCCGAAAAGCGUUCACAAACCGGAAUGCUCACUUCCGGGUUUGCGGUAUUCAGGAGCCAAGCCAUUCAGGAACCAAGGUACUACUGUAAAACUGACUUUCAGUGAAUGUCAGGCAAAGUACACACCUCCCUCCCUAUUCUGUGUCUCUAUAACCCAAACUAGUCUGUUUUGAAGCUGUUAGACUUAUUUUGCCUCUCACUCUCAAUCUGCCUGACGAGAUGUUCGGACAGAUCAGUGCUCCAUACAUUGCUGAACUGUACCUCUCGCCCUUCCAGGCUUCAGGGCAGCUGCAUUGAGGAGAACGCCUUCCCAGGCCAGGCCAGCCUGGAGGCUUUCUUUGCCUGGCUCGAUCUCUGUGAUUGCCUAGUGAAAGAGGCGCACCCGGUAAGAGACCUCCUGCUGAGAACUCACUCUGAAACUCACCUACAGGUGGUACCUAACACCAAGGAAACUAGAGUUAAUACGCCCAGGAACCUCACCAAAAUGCUAGAGAGGGUGCACCUCCACAGGCACAUACCUCCACAUGUGGUGGGAGUGCUCCAAAAUCCAACUAUUCUGGACAAUAGCCAUACAAGAAAUAUGUAAAAUAACUAAGCAGGUAUUAGAAAUCACCCCAGAACUGGCCCUACUAUAUUCCAAGACAAUAAUGCCCACUCAUAUAACAAAGAACUCAUAGCCCACCUACUCUCAGCAACCAGAAAUGUCAUAGCCAGACACUGGAGAGACCUGUCAAGAGUAAGCAUGGACCAAUGGUACCAAAUAGUAUGGGAAACAGCCCUACUAGAAAAUUUAACCGAUAAACUGAAACUGACACGGGGACUAAUAGAAGACGAUGCCUUCACCCCAAUAUGGCUCCCCUUCAUCACAUACCCAGCCCAACAAGACAACGACAAGAAUCUACCAACAGCAUGCAAAUCAAUAUGGCUAACCUGAUCCAAAACACCCACCCACCCCACUCAGACACAAAAACAAAGAUCACCCCAGCCAACCACAAAUGAACAACCACACCCUAGGCCAACCCCAACUUCUCUCACCACCAAAGGAACACAAGUGAAUAGCAAAGAGAACCUGCACAAGCAACACUGACACAAAAACCCACACAUACAUUAAGCAAAACAGAAAUAUCGCCUCCCGACCUCACCCACCAUGGCCCCUCCACCUCUUCUCCCCUUUUUUCUUCCUAAUGUAACCUUAAUGUCUCAACAAAUGAAACUGGCCUAUGGAAAAUGUAACUUGAAAAAAGAGGCAUUGCGCAUACCUUUGUAAACCAAGAAAACUUUAAUAAAAUAUUUAAAAAGGAAGAGACCUCCUGCUGAAAUCUCCACCCACAUCCACUUAGUUAAGUCUUUGGAAGCUGCCUCAGGCUCUUUGCCCCUUUCCCUCCAAGUUGCAGGGAGCUUUCUGCAUUGUCAGUUCUCCCUUGGCCUGCUAGCUGACUCGGGUUUCUGAAUGAGGAGGAGCUGCGGAGAUCAUGAUGCGUCAUUGUGGUGUUUCACCCCACCAGGUUGUGGCAGGUGCCGUAAGUGAGACAGUGGCUCAGAGGUUCUUCCAGGGAGUCCUGCAGUCCCAGCUCCUGCAAAUGUGAGUCCAAGCUUAACAUGGAAAGAGGGGUGAGCACCAAGCCUUGUCCUGCUUGGGGGAACUCGGAGACCUGCCUAAUAAGCCCAUGGCCAGAGUCACCCCCCCUCAUUCAUCCCUGUCUUCCUUGGCAGGUCAGAACGCGGCAUCCUUCUCUCGACAGCUGUCCUGACUGCCUUGGUAAGACACAUCCGCUCUCCUGCGCUCCUCCAGGAAUUGGUUGGGUUUGUGCUGGGAACCAAGGAAGAACCCGCAGUGCCCAAGGAUUCAGGCCACCAGCCGCAACACCACCUCUGCUCCCAACUGAUUGAGCGCUGCAACCACCUGUCUGAUGAGGUGAGCUGAAAUCCUGCUGGAAAGGUUCCACCUGAGCAGGAUUCCUGCAAGCGUCAGUGGGGAGAAAGGUGCAGCACGCAGCGGUGGCUCAGUGCUUGGGUCAGGUUGCCCUUAGGGGGCAACAGCUUGCUGGACCUCAGGCUGUUCAGGACUUCAUCUUGAUAAGACGGAGGUCUUCAAGCCUUUGAAGGCCAAGCAUCAGCGCUUCCUGGUGGGAAGCAAUCAAAAGCCUCAGAGCAUGUGCAGAGGACUUUUUCUGAGUCACAAAAACUGCCAUGCUCCCAGGAGUUUCAGAGCGGGGUUGGGGAUUAUGGGUUUUGUUGGGCUUGAGGUCUUCUCCCCACUUGUUGGGAACUUAUCCCUGGGGCGAUAGUGAUGACCAAAGACCACAGCAGGCCAAGGAGAUCCCAGCAUGGGGGACGGUUUUCCAGCCCUCCCCCUGCCCCCCGAACCUUCCCUUGCAAAAUGGAAACUCUCAUGGUGCCUUUGAGGCUUAGUGAACCCCAGGGAAGGAAUCAGGCUCAGCUCUGUAGGAGGAAAUGAAGCCUUCAGCAGCAGCUGAGGCUUCCCCAGGAUAGCAGUGAGCUCUGUGGUUGAAUCUCUACUCUACGUGGGGCUGUCCUUGAGACUGACCCAGAAACUCCAGCAGGUGCAGAAGGCCCGGCGAGACUCCUUACGGGGUCCUCACCGUGGGAUCACAUUCACCCGGGGCUAUACCAGUUGCACUGGCUCCCGGUGGAGUACAGGAUCAGGUUUAAGGUGCUUGUUUUUACCUUUAAAGCCCUAUACGGCCUAGGACCCUCAUACCUACGGGACCGCCUCUCCUGGUAUGUCCCACAGAGGCCACAGGGAGGUUAGGCUGGCCUCAACCAGAGCCAGGGCUUUUUUGGCCGUGGCCCCGACCUGGUGGAACACUCUGUCACAAGAGACUAGGGCCCUGCAGGACUUGACAUCUUUCCGCAGGGCCUGCAAGACAGAGCUGUUCCACCAGGCCUUUGGCCAAGGCACAGUCUGACCCCCUCCUUUGGUAAUCCUCACAGAACUCUAGCCCAAUGGUUGCCAUCAAUUUGAUUUUGAAUUGAUUUUAAAUUGAAUUGAUUUUAGAAUGCUGUGUUACUUUUAUUGUUGUUAGCCGCUCUGAGCCCGGCUUUGGCUGGGGAAGGCAGGAUAUAAAUAAAAACAACUUCUUCUUAUUAUUAUUAAUAUUAUUAAUAUUAUCUGCCAGGCCCCUUAGUAAGGUCAGAAAAGGAACCCCAAAAUGAUCAAGGGGAAGGAGCGACUCUCUUCUGUAGAGAGUUGCUCUUCUGCUUGGAUCCUGCUUGCAGGUUUCCCUUUGGGGCAUCUGGUUGGCCACUGUGAGAACAGGAUGCUGGACUAGAUGGGCCAUUGGCCUGAUCCGGCAGCCUCGUCCUAUGUUCAUGGCUUGAUCAAGAUGGGAAAUGACAGUCUGCAACCCCAAAACCCAGCAACUUGGUGCCCUUGUUCCUCAAUAGCUGCUCUUGCUUGUCUUGCUACCAACUGACCUUCCCUGCCGGCUGCCUGGAGUUUCUGCGGGUCUCCAAGGGGUGGCUCCAGGCUGCCUGAAGUGAGAGCUUCUCUCCCAGAAGGGAGGCUUCCCAUGGCCAACCCCUGACUUCCAUCUCCCUAUACCUUUUUCCAGGUGGCCGGAGGUGGUGGAACUCAGCAGCUUCCAGUGCUGGGAGCAGGGCCUCCUAGCGGGCUUUCCUGACUCCUUGCCCUUCUUCCCUCUUCCCCUCCAGAUCAGUAUGGCCACCCUGAGGCUGUUUGAGGAGCUGCUGUGGCUUCCGGAUCAACGUAUCAUGCAGCACCUGGUCCUGGACCACCUGGAGGAGCGCAGCUACCUCCUGAGAAGCCCACCUGGGCAGGAGGAGUCCCUUGCUCGUGAGCAGGAGCCCUGCGAGGAUGGGUUGUAAGUGAGAGCGGGAGAGGAAAGUUGGGGGACGGGGUCCUCGUCCAGGCCAGCCACUCAAUGCUUCUGUUCUCUGUCCCUGUAGAGAACUGGAGGAGGAUCCCUACUUCAUAGACGGGUUCCCAGGCACCAGCUUCCAGGUCUCUACCAAGCCGGGCGUCCCUGCCCCAAAGCAGCAAGCCCAGCCGGAGGACGUGAAGGAGGUGGUCAGCAGGUACGAAGUCAGGGCAGGGAGACCGGCUCACAAUACGUGAACAGCUUAACCGAACUCACAAGGCAGGCCUUCGCCAGACUCCUCCACCCCAGCCCAGCCAGGCUCAAGCAUUUCAGACAUGCUAGAUAACUCUGUGGGUCCCUCCCCCCAACUCUACAGUUCUAUGGUUCUUACUUCCAUGAGGGCCAGCCAGGUGUGGCUGUCCUGACCACUGCUGAUGGGAGUUGUAGUAGGCACAAGGUAGACAGGGGCUGCCAUCAAGGGAGCUAUGUGGCUUGGCCAUUUUACAGGAUUUUUUAAAAUGGCUGAGCAUUUUGGUUGGAGCUUGUAUGAUAUAUUAGGCAAACAACUUGGCUUUCUGCAGCCAGCUCGGUUUUUAACCCUGCCUGGAUUAUAUCUCUGCAAUGUAUAUACAGUGGUACCUCGGGUUAAGUACUUAAUUCGUUCCAGAGGUCCGUUCUUAACCUGAAACUGUUCUUAACCUGAAGCACCACUUUAGCUAAUGGGGCCUCCUGCUGCUGCCGCCACGCCGCCGGAGCCCGAUUUCUAUUCUCAUCCUGAAGCAAAGUUCUUAACCCGAGAUACUAUUUAUGAGUGAGUGGAGUCUGUAACCUGAAGCGUAUGUAACCCAAGGUACCACUGUAUAUAUAUAUAUGGGUUAUCUGGUCCAAACCCCUGCAGGAAUCACAGCUAAAUAAUCCCUGACACCUGGUCAUCCAACCUCUGCUUAAAAUCCCCAAGAGAAGGAAAGGGAACUGCCUAAACACCUGCUGCCAAAUGACAAAUCUGAAGAAACAUGAAUUGUGUAGGCUGUUUAUGUUGGCCAGAUUCAACAUGUUUCCCUCGGUGGUAGUGAGAGGAAGAUACUUAGCUAUCCCAGAAUCAGAGCGUCUCUGCAAAUGCAGAAAACAGGAACCCGAUACUCUAGAGCAUAUAUUCUUUUCCUGUGAUUUUGGUAGUUAUGCCAGAAAACAAUUAUUUGAGGCCCUAAAAGUUAAUAGACAGAUUUUUACACAACCAACUGUUCAGGACCUGCUGGCGGACAGCGAUGAUCAAAUUACUUUAAUAGCAGCUGAAUUUUUAAGUGCUGUCCAUGAAGAAAGAAUGGGCCAUGAUAAAGAGACUUAGUGGUUUUUAAUGGUAGGUGAUGUUGUUGUGUUGUAUUAUAUUAUCUAUGUACAUCGAUUUAUUUCUUGGAGUUAAGAAUAGGACUGGGAUAAAUUGUGUUCGCUGAGCCCGUAUUUUAUACAGUCUGUAUAUGAUGUUUGUUUGUUAGUGUGUGGUGUGCUAUGCCUAAUAAAGGAUGAUGAUAUAUAUAACACCUGCUGCCAUGUUAAGGUUCUUCCUAAUGCCGACCUCUUCCUAAUGCUGCUCUCUUCCUAAUGCUGACCCUCACACCUGUGUCCUGGGUCUCAGAGGCUUCUUUCCCCCCCAUCAUUGCCAUCCUCCUUCCUUCUUUCUCAGCUUCCUCUGCCUGGUUCCCAGUGAAGCAAAGACCUCUGCCUACCUGGAAGAGGCCGGGUAUGACACCUAUGUCCAUGAUGCCAGUGUGUUGGUGAGUCCCUUGUCUCCCUGCCUACCUGAUCUCUGCUGAUGUGUGAUACCUGGCGUUGUUCCCUGCUCCUGCGAUUCACAGCAUUUGAGUUCAUUCUCCUUUAUUGUCUCAGCUGGGCCCUGCAAGAGCCUCUCCUUAGCCCCUUCCCCUGCCCGCCCUCUUCCAUCCACCCCCUCCUCUUCUGUCAGUUCCAGGAAUGUUGUACCAAGGCGUCUCGCUGGCACUGGCCGAAGGCCCCUCGGCCCCUGGAGACCUGCUCUGCCAGCACCGGCUUCUACGAGGGCCGUUUCUUGGAAGUGCUCUUUGAACGGCUGAUGCGCAUCCUGGACCAGGUGAGGAUGGGAAAGGGAUCCUUGCUGGGAGUGGCCAGCAUCGCGAAGACCCUUCUGGUCUGGUGUUUCUGUGGCCUAGAAGCAGCAGGGAGCGACAAGUUUCAGGGCCUGCUUCCUUCUCUAGGAUGGAGCGCUAAGAUUCUCUACCAGACUGCCUCAGCGGGGGAGCUGGAAAGCUGGGCUCUGCUGUGAGAGGCCAGCUCCAUUUGGCCUCCUCUCCCCUCACCUGUCACCUGGAUGCAGCCAUUCCAUCAGGCAGUCUCAGGGGAAGAGAAAGUGGGAGCAGCAGGGCUCAUUGCAUCAGCUAUGCUGGAGGACCAGCUCCAUCAGCCGCCUCCUGCCCCUGAACUGGGCCACCUGGUCAACUAUUUAGAAAUCUCUGCCUGAGUUUUUGUUUUCCUCAUCCCUCCCUUUCCUUUUCCCCUUGUGUGUUGUGUCUUGUCUCGUAAGCCACUCCGGGAGCCUCUGGCUGAUGAGGAGGGUUCCCAAAUGCUCUAAAUAAAUACAGUGGUACCUCAGGUUACAUACGCUUCAGGUUACAUACGCUUCAGGUUACAGACUCUGCUAACCCAGAAAUAGUACCUCGGGUUAAGAACUUUGCUUCAGGAUGAGAACAGAAAUCGUGUUCCAGUGGCGUGGUAGCAGCAGGAGGCCCCAUUAGCUAAAGUGGUGCUUCAGGUUAUGAACAGUUUCAGGUUAAGAACGGACCUCAGGAACAAAUUAAGUACUUAACCCCAGGUACCACUGUACAUAAGAGGGAUGGGGAAGUGAAUAAUGAUCAUCAAGUGAGCUGUGCAUAAGCAAGCUGCUGGCUAGCUCUGUGGAGGCUCCUUUUAUUGGCACAAUAUGCAAAACCAGUCAGAUUUUGGACUGUGACCUUUACACAUCUUCCAAUCCUGAGAUCAUGGGGUGGUACAAAGUUAUUCUGGCACCUGUUUCUACCGCGUCAUUUUCCCCUGGCACAGUGUAUGACGAAGGAGACAAAGAUCACAGACAGGGCAUGGCAGACCACUAAGAAAGCAAAAGGUUAGAUAGGUGGCAUGAUGUUCAGACAGCUGAGGCUGCCUGUGGGCGGAAGUGUGCUUCACACCCAGCGAUCAUCCCUACAGGGAAGGCCUUGAAAUGCCACCUUGCAGCUGGGGCUCAUUCCAUAACACAACAAAAAGGUCUUGGUUGCAGAGAGCAAGUGCAGAAUGUCGUGGGUGGGGGGAAUCGCUUCUCUCCUGCUCUCUUCCCUCCCCCUCCGGUGACCCUCUAUGCCUGGCUGUUUAUGCAGGCUGUGAAUGACGCCCCACAGUUGAGCCCUCUGCUCCUCUUCUUAUUCCUCCCUUGCAGCCCUACGCGGUGAACCUGCAGGUGACGUCGGUGCUGUCCCGCCUGGCUCUCUUUCCCCACCCUCACCUCCACGAGUACCUCCUGGAUCCCUACUUGCCUCUGGCCCCCGGCUGCAGGACCCUCUUUUCCGUCCUGAUCAGGGUAAUGUCUAGUCUUGGCAAGGCAGGCGGGGAGAAAUGGGGAAUGCUGCCUGGGGAAGAAGGUGCCUUUUGGGGUGUCCUGUGCCUCUAAGCUAAGGGGAGCCCUGUCGUUCCUCCCCCAGCGCCUCCUCUCCACCUGACUUGGGAGGCCUGACUCACAAGCGGCCCCACUGGUUUCUCCUCCUCCCAGGUGAUUGGAGACCUAAUGCAAAGGAUCCACCGGAUACCAAACUUCCCCACCAACUUGCUGCUGGUCCGGAGGGGGCUGAUGGGGCUGGUCCCUGCUGAAGAACAACAGUGAGUGUUGGGGGGACACGACACACAGGUUGAAAGGGCUGGUGCCGACCUCCAGUUUGGAGAAAAGGAAAGGUAAAGAAGAGGCUGCAUGAGAUGAGGGAACCCUGAAAUGAUAGACCGCAUGCAGCAAGUGAAUAGAGAAAAAUGAAGCUGAAUGAUAAAAGAAAGGACUUCUUUGCACAGCACAAACUAUGGAACUCCCUUCCACAGGAGGCAGUAGUAGCCACCAACUUGGGUGGACUUAGAAGAGGAUUAGACAAAGUCAAGAAGGAGGAGAGGGCUGUUGAUGGCUGCUAGCCAUGUGAGUGGCAAGCCCGGGAGGGCCAAUUGCUCAGCAAUUUCACCCUCUUUGUUGUGCUGCUGUUCCCAGAAGGUUCUGCCCUGUCAUUAGGUCUGGAUUAUUGUGUUGAGCGCAGGGACUUUUCAGUUUAAAGGAACGGCCAGUAAGGGCUCAUCCACACGUAACUUUUGCCCUGCGCUUUCUAGGCACAGGCCUGCACUUUCCUGCUUCAUGUCUGAGCACUUUUUCCAUUUUCUUUGCCCUGCCUACAGCAUGGCCCAAGAAAACCUGCUUUUGAUGCUGAAUCAGGGUGGCGCUGUGGGUUAAACCACAGAGUCUAGGACUUGCCGAUCAGAAGGUCGGCGGUUUGAAUCCCUGUGACGGGGUGAGCUCCCGUUGCUUGGUCCCAGCUCCUGCUAACCUAGCAGUUCGAAAGCACGUCAAAGUGCAAGUAGAUAAAUAGGUACCGCUCCAGCGGGAAGGUAAACGGCGUUUCCGUGCGCUGCUCUGGUUCGCCAGGAGCGGCUUAGUCAUGCUGGCCACAUGACCCGGAAGCUGUACGCCGGCUCCCUCGGCCAAUAAAGCGAGAUGAGUGCUGCAACCCCACAACCUAAUGGUCAGGGGUCCCUUUACCUUCACCUUUAUAGAACAAAUGGCAAUCUGGGUUUUCCAUGAAAGAGGAGGCUUUUGCAGGGAAAGGGGCGAGGCAACAUGAUAGACGUUUACGAAAUCAUGCAUGGCUUGGAGAAAGCAUUUAGAGAAAAGUUUUCCUCCCUCUCUCAUAAAACAGCCUUGUGGGCAUCCAAUGAAGCUGAGGGCUGGACAGUUAAAAGGAAGGGUUUCUCACGCAGUGCAGAGUUGAACUUUGGAGCUUGCUCCCAAAGGAGGCAGGGGUGGAUGGCUUUAAAAGAGGAUUGGGCAAAUCCAUGGAGGAUUAUUAAGCAAUCAUUGGCUCCUAGCCAGGAUGGCUCUUUUGUGCCUCUACAGUCGGAGGCAGGAAUGCCCCUGAACACCAGUUGCUGGAAGCCACAGGAGGGGAGAGAGGGCUCUCGUGCUUGAAUCUUGGCUUGCGGGUUUCCCACAAUGGGCAUCGGGUUGGCCACUGUAAGAACAGGAUGCUGAACUAGAUGAGCCCCCUUUGGCCUGAUCCAGCAGAGCCAUCUUAUAUUCAGGCACAUUCCAAACUCUAAGGCAUGGUGUGGGGGCACAACCAGACCUGUCAUUUUUAUAUUCAUCUAUUCCUUUCACAGUCUGAUUAAUAAUAAUAAUAAUAAUAAUAAUAAUAAUAAUAAUAAUAAUUUAUUAUUUAUACCCUGCCCAUCUGGCUGGGUUUCCCCAGCCACUCUGGGCAGCUUCCAACAAAAUAUUAAAACACAAUAGUCCAUCAGCCAUUAAAAGCUUCCCUAAACAGGGCUGCCUUCAGAUGUCUUCUAAAAGUCUGGUAGUUGUUUUUCUCUUUGACAUCUGGUAGGAGGGCGUUCCACAGGGCAGGUGCCACUACAAAGAAGGCCCUCUGCCUGGUUCCCUGUAACUUGGCUUCUCGCAGCGAGGGAACCGCCAGAAGGCCCUCAGCGCUGGAUCAGACGGAGCUGCACAGACCAUAGAAUCAUAGACUUGUAGAGUUGGAAGGGACCCCAAGAGUCAUCUAGUCCUUCCCCAUGUGAUGCAGGAAUCACAGCUAAAGACUCCCUGACAAAUGACAAUCUGCAUGGAGGAAAUGAGACUGACCUGUAAAGGAGGCAGUCUUUGGUUUAAGUCUCCCCUCCAGCAAGCUCCUGUCCUCCUGGGCGUGACACUGGCCUCCUCUGCUAGGGUUGCAAAGGACUCAGAUAGUGCAUAUAUGAUGAAGGUGUUUAGCAAAUGUAAAGUGCUGUCGUUCUUGAGAAGCAGAAGUGGGGAGGUGAGCAAUAGGAAAUGAGGGCAAGGCCGCUUCCUCAGCCUCACAUGCCUGCUUCCUUACAGGAUCGGCCACCGUACCCUCCUGGAGGGGGUGGUUGUCCUCGAAGAAUUCUGCAAGGAGCUGGCGGCCAUCGUCUUCGUCAAGUCCAUGCGCGAGGUCCCCGCCUGACGUUCCAAGGAGCGCGCUGCCCCUUUUGGAUCCCACACUUCUCAAGGGACAGAUGCACAGCUGGGGUCUGGCAAGGGCAUUUGUGGCAACCCUAGAGGGCCCUUUGCAGCCUCGUGAGAACCGGGCUGCAGCCGUCGCUGGUUGCCUUCAUGCGGGGAGAGCAGAGGCAGGCCCCCUGUGCUUGAAGGGCUGCCCAGGAGCCCCAUGCCCAGUCCCUAGAGCCAAAGUCUCAGAAGUCAGGCUGUGACAAGGCGAGACCUAGCUCUUCCUGAGGUCGAGCGUGUGGUUCCUCACAAAGCCAGAAGUGCUCUGCCUUCUCCCUCAGAAGUCUCUCGCCUUGGCUCCAGUUGUGAUUUCAGAGCAUGAUGGCUCCCUUCCUCCCUGCAGGAGCCUGGAGCCUGCAUGUGGCACCUCAGGGCAGUCUGGUACAGAAGAUACUAAAGGCUCCUCCUGGACUUUCUGGGUUUUUAAUCUCUGGCUUGUUUUAUUUAAUGUUUGCCCAAUGGGAAAGUGGGGCAGGCAGGGUGACCGAAAGCUGCUUUGUGAAAGGAAGAAUCUUCCUACUAUCCAUGGCUGGGCGUUAGGGGUUGUGGGGCCUCCUGCCUCGAUUCUGACCUUCUCUGCAGGCUGCAAAGGCCAGGCCAAAGAGGGGGAGACACUAUUUGCUCCUAACCACAGCAGACGUUGUUUUCUUCUGCUCCUUUCCGGAUUGAUCUGUCCAGUCUGAACUCCUCAGGAAAAGAGCCCUUUCCCUUUCGUUUUUACUUUCUAUUCUAACAGAGUUUCUGCUAGCCUUCCUGUCUUCAGCUGCAACUUAACCCCUUCCCAAAGAGCCUCUCUCAAUGUUGGUUCCCCAGAUGGCGUUGGACUACAGCUCUCCUCAUCCUUGGCUUGCAGGACCAGUUGUCAGGGAUUAUGGGAGUUGUAGUCCAAUAGCACCUGGAGACCCAAGGAUGAGAGAGGCUGGGUCACAGGGUGGAAUAGGACCUGGGAGGCCAGGGUUCGAAUCGCCACUCAGCCAUCAUGAAACUAACUGGGUGUGAUCUUAGGGCAGUCACUGCCUCUCGGCCUCGCAGGGUUGUUGUGGUUGGGAUUAUAUGAGAGAAGAACCACAUGGGCCGCCUUGAGCUCCUUGGAGGAAAAGGUGAGCUAUUCGUUUCAAUACGCAGUAUGUAAAUAAAUAAAUGCCACCACCAGCAGCCCUGGCUGGGACAGGCUCCACCCACCAUGGCCAGGCACAGCGUCCAGUCCAUUGUUGGUCUAAAGACUCUUUUCAAGUGCAAUACAUGUGAGGAGGGAAUCUGCCCCCCCCCUCCGUAAGCUGGGGCGCACUUGGUGUCUCCACACUGCAGCUACAGAUUCUCUGCUUCUACUCUGAUGGGUUUCUUACUCGUGCCUUGAAAUAAAUAAUCUGUGGUAAACAUCCUGGCUUUGCUCACGCUCAUGUUUAGGACCUGUGGGAAGUCGCUGAGCCCCCUUUUCUCAUUUACAAACAAGAACAUGCAGAAACAGUAGAACACGAGGGGAAACUGGCCUUUUUAAUUUUAUUUUUACCAAUCCUGGCUGGAUUCAACAAGGCUGCAAAUCAUCCAUAAAGGUGGCAAGAGCUCUAAGCUCCUCCUGUCAAGGUCCUUUUUCUUGCAGCUGUGGGGAAAACCCAGAAGCUGGGCACUGGGGGGGCGGCAUGCACAGGCAUUGCCAUGCUCCUGGUGCGGAAAGGUGGAAGAAUCACAGCUGUGAGCUGGCACUCUGGAGCAAGAAAAGGUUAAUACUCCUGGCCAGUUCCAGAGUUCAGGCGCCAUCAAGCCCUCAGCUGUUGUGUCGUUUCCUGCAAAGGCACAAUGCAAGGUGCCCUCUGUGGCACCACAGACUCCCAGCGUCCCUCAUUCCAGCAAACAGCGAGCAUUUUUGGCCCAUCUGAGGCUCCUCCAGGGUUCCUUGCCUGGCCCAAAGUACACACCUGGGGCCAUCCCGUAUCUCGACAGGGGGGUGGUUCAGCUGUGAAUGGGGACAAAGGACACCUCAUCAAGCCUCUGCAGGAUCCGGCUCCGCAGGGCCUCAUCCUCCACCUUCCGCCAGAGGAAGGCUCCACUCUGCAACGCCGGGGGCGCUUCAUCCAGCCACCGUCCCUUGUCGCCUACAGCCGCCAUGAUGUUGAAGCAGAUCCCAUCGCUCUGCCCGGGCUCCUUCCCGAGAUGCUGGACCCCAAGCAGGCCUUGGAUGCGGACGGGCACCUGGGGGUGUGGCAGGGAGUCCUGGAGUAGGCGCUGGAUGGCCCCCAGGAGCCUGUGGCCCAGCUGUGAGGGAGCCAGGCCGCUUGUGGCCAGAGGAAGGCCCGGAGCCCCCGCUGUCCCCUGAAGCACCCACAAGUCACCACUGCUGCCAACGCAGACAAGCAGCAGCCGCUGGCAGAUGAAGGCGCAAGGCAGCUCCACGGGCAGCGUUCGCGGGUGGGCCGGGCUGGCUUGGUACCGCAGAGCCAGCUCUAUUAAGGGCAAGAUGUCCCGGGAACGCAGAGGCAGGGAGGGCGUCUCCCUGUUCCACCACUGGGCCUGCAGGGAUUCUGCGUCAGCUUCCUGAAGGGUCUUCAAGGCACCACCUGGAAGGAAGAGGGAAGAUGCCUGGGGUUAGGUGGGAGUCGAGACAAUUGUGCCAUGUGUGUGCACCCACAAGGAUGGAUUUUCUCGGCUAUAUGCCAGCCCGAUCCAGGGUUCACUUUCCUUGGAAUGCUCAGUGGAGACUGGUGUUUUUAGGAUACACGUGAAGGCCAUUACCUUGCAGAGAAACUUGUUCAGCAAACCUCUAAUUAGAUUGUAGCCCUCACUGGGUCCAAGACCCCAAGAAUCAGGAGGGACUCAUCCAGUCUGACACCCCCACCCCAAACACACUCCAGAUGUUCAGAAGUGGCCUUGGAACACGGCCACACCGGGACACCCUACUUCUUGCCCAGUUUAAUGCUUUGUCCUUCACUGGGGAAAGGAAAAACACGGAGCCCCAGCUUUGAGAAGAGAUUUGUGUUUGCAAAGGCGCUGUUAGGGCCCAGCACUUUUGCCCUGGGUCCCAGAUCUCCUGCCCAUCUCCUGGGUCCCUUCUUAAUAAGACUUACAGGGCUGGUGAUAACGCUGAAAGGCCCAAGGCCAGCGAGAACUCAGGCCAGUGGUUUCCACAGUGGGUGGUAAUGCCCCUUGGGGGGGAGGCGACAGGAUUACCUGGGAGGAUCCUAAGAGGCAAUGAGGGGGGCGAGGGGGGCCCUCUGAGGGCACUGAUGGCUUAUUUAGGAUUGACCAGGCUGGCACCUCAAGUGAAACAUCUUCCUUACCUCGUAUUUACUGCUCUUACUGCUUUCAAAGCUAUUUUCUUUGGUCACAUUUGUUCAUCUUUAUGUUUCUAAAUUAUCACAAGUCGCCAGAUAGCCAAUUAUUGCUAACAGCUAUUAAUUUUCUUAUAGUUACUGUACAUCUGUGAAGCUUUGUGUAUGUUUGGGAAGUACAUAAAUGCAGACAUUUCAUACUAUAAAUUUCCCUCAUCUGUAUGUUUUUGUUAGUAAGAAUGUAUAAAAAUACUUUUCAUGCAAAAAUCUUCGUUGUAUAUAUAUUUUAAGCUGCAAUGUUGGAUCAGAGCAUGUGUUUAUUUUUUUGAAUAAAUGUUUAACUAAU